GGAAAAAUAAUGCAAUGUUCACCUUAGGCAAAGUAACCAAACUGAGGAUGAAUGGAAACACAGACAAACCGACUAAAACCAAAAAAACUUCUGUAAAAUUAUCCUUGCGCAAGACAAUAUUCAUGCCUCCCAUGUUUGUGGUAUACAUGGCUCCAGCUUUGGUAGUUUUUGCAUUGAUCGCGAACUUGGAUCCUCUCUACUUUUUAUUUUAUUGGUUUUCAUACCAUGGACUAUCAUUCCCUGUCCGAUUCGGUAUUCGACUCGUUUCAUUCGUAACUCUAGUUAUGUCUGCAAUCUCCGCGGGUCAGGUACUUCUCGGAUGUGGAUACGUCUUUGUCAUGGCUGCAUGGACAUUGCUCCGCUGUAUGCGACUCAUUGAUGAGGAUUACAAAGUGAGGACAAAAUUGCUCUUUGCGAGCCCAAAAGAACUGAGCGUCUUUGUCAUCUUGUACAAUCGCGUCAUCUUAAUUCUCGCCGGUGUCGCGGCUCCUCAAGCGUCAGUGACCUUGUUCAUGCUGGUUGGCUGUGCCUUGGUAAUUAUCGUGUUAAACAUAAUGUCCGUCAAUAUGCAUGACCAGCUCCCGUUGAAUAUCUACCUGAUGGGUCCGUUCUUUUCGGUUGUGCUCAUCAUAAUUCUGAACACUGUGCUCAAGUUUGUGUCCUAUUAUGAGCACAUAUCAGAAAAUAUGCUUCGUCUCUGGAAGAAUGACCCAAUUCUGGUGGUCUGGGGUGUGCAUAAAGUGCAUGGAAGACGAGUGGCUGCAAUGCGACCAAUUCGCGUUUUCAUGGGCAUUUGGACCACAAAUUUACUCCCGGUGAAUGCGCAGUUUCUUUGCCAUUAUGAUGCGUUCAUUGCGGAUUCAACGGUUUUGCUUACAUUGAAUAAUUAGUAAACAAAUUUGUUUAUGAGGGAUUGCAUAUGUCCCUCCUGUUUUCAACAACAAUUAUUCUGAAUCCUCAAAAAAUCAACGACUAAUUUUUUUCUAAAAAUCUUUUUGACAAAUUUCUCAUCUUACGCAUGUCUUGACAAUGAAUGGUAGAUAGCAUUCGAAAUAUUGACAAAUAAAGUAAAUCGUUUAUUCGUUUUCAACAAUAACUCCGGGUAAUCCAAGUGUUAAAUAAGUACAUUCAUACGUAUCUAAGUCAUGCAUACAGACACACAUUCAUUCAUGUGAAAAUGUGUACAUCCAUACGUACAACAGUAAACGCUGAAAUUGUUUGACCAUGAACUCUUUCAACAUU